UGUAAUGUACCUUCCUUUUCUGGCACAUUUACUUGUUUGGUUUCUCCACCUUAUUUAUAUAUACCAAACCAGAAGAACUUCUCUUUCGGGAACUUUUGCCAAAGCCUCCAGUUGGACUUUAAGUUAAAUUUUGACAGGGUAUUCUGUAAACGAUGAUGACAGCCAGAUUCUUCUGUCUGGGUUUUUCCUUUGUCUGUCUUGCUGUAGCUUGUGCUGGUAUUGAGGACUUGAAUCUAUGGCCAGUGCCCAAAUCAGUGAGCCAUGGGAGCCAAAUUCUCUAUAUGAACAAUGAUUUCGGACUGAGAUUUGAGGGAAGCAACUAUACUGAUGCUUCUGGCAUACUGAAAGAUGGGUUUUCAAGAUUUCUUGAUGUUGUCGAAGCAGCUCAUGUUAUUGACAAUAAUUCGUCACACUUGGACCCUUCCGCACUGCUCCAAGGAUUGAAUGCGGUUAUUUCUUCAUCUGAUGAUGAGUUACAGUUUGGGGUUGAUGAGUCCUACAAGUUGUCUAUUGCUGCAACAGGGAGUCCGAGAUAUGUGCUUCUUGAGGCACAGACAGUUUAUGGCGCUCUUCAUGGCUUGCAGACACUUAGCCAACUCUGCCAUUUCAAUUUUAUAACAAGAAUGAUUGAAGUUCAUCAUGUCCCAUGCACUAUUAUCGAUGAGCCAAGAUUUUUUUAUCGGGGACUUCUAAUUGAUACUGCUCGACAUUAUCAACCUCUGCCAAUGAUAAAGAAUGUAAUUGAUGCGAUGGCCUACUCAAAGUUGAAUGUGCUACAUUGGCAUAUUGUAGACUCACAAUCUUUCCCUUUGGAAAUACCAUCAUAUCCAAAUCUAUGGAAUGGUGCCUUUUCUCUUUCAGAACGAUAUACGAUGGCUGAUGCUGAAGAAAUUGUGCAUUAUGCUCAAAGAAGAGGGAUUAAUGUAUUGGCUGAAAUUGAUGUACCAGGACAUGCUUUUUCAUGGGGGACUGGCUAUCCUUCUUUAUGGCCAUCAAGGGAUUGUCCGGAGCCUCUUGAUGUUAGCAAUGAGUUCACUUUCAAAGUAAUAGAUGGGAUUCUUUCAGAUUUCAAAAAUGUAUUUAAAUUCAGAUUUGUUCACUUGGGAGGCGACGAAGUCAACACAAGUAAUUUCUUUGCCUAAAAAAUCUAUGAUUUAUUUAAUAAUUUUUGCUAAUGUUGUUCCUUGUUUUUGCAUCUUGUUUCUUUCUCUAU